AUGCAAACAUCGUCGGAGCUGGUGGCCCAAAGGAAGAAGACCACCACCAACACCAAGACGGCGGCGAUCACCCUUCUCAUGACGACGACGACGCCGCCGACCUCGUCCUCCACGGACGACCACUCCACCGACGACCUGGUGGUGCAGGUGGACGACAACCACGGCCACCAGCCCCUCGCCGCCGCCGUCAAGCGCAAGCAGCGCACCAAGAGGCCGCGCCACCACCCGUCCGCCGCGGCCUCCUCCUCCGCCUCCGCGUCCGUGUCAUCGUCCGAGAGCACCACCACCGAGGAGGAGGACAUGGCGCACUGCCUCAUCCUCCUCGCCCAGGGCGCCGCGGGCUCCUCCGUCGUCGACUCCAAGCCAUCGCCGUCGUCAUCGCCGGCGGUGCUGCUGUCGUCCACGCCCACGGCACCACACCAGAACCAGGCGCCGCCCCCGCCAGCGCCGCCGAGGGCCGAGAGGUACUCCAGCCGCAAGUACACGGAGGCGGCCGCCACGCCGGACGGCGUCAGGGCCGGCUUCUACGUCUACGAGUGCAAGACCUGCAACAAGUGCUACCCCACCUUCCAGGCGCUCGGCGGCCACCGCGCCAGCCACAAGAAGCCGCGCCUCGCCGCCACCGCCGAUGGCGACAUCGCCGCCGCGGUUAACGUCGACGGCACCACCACCACCACAGCAACGAAGGCGCCACCACCGAUGGUGAUGGCGACGACGACGACGACCGUGUCUCCGUCCCCACCUCCCCUAGCUGUUCAGCGUCAGCCUCAGCCGCGUCCUCUCCAGAAGGCGGCGAUCGACAUCGCCAAAGCCACAGCCGCCGCCUUCCCGGACGUCACCGUCACCACCGCGCUCAGCCUCAGCAGCGUCGCCGCUGCUGCCGCGAGCGGCAAGCUGAGGGUGCACGAGUGCUCCAUAUGCGGCGCCGAGUUCGCGUCGGGGCAGGCGCUGGGCGGCCACAUGCGGCGCCACCGCCCGCUCAACGCGCCAGACCGCGCGGUCACCACGGCGACCGUCGCCCCGGACACCACCAGUAACAUCAAGAAGGAAGGCAGCGCCAGCGCGGGCAUCAACCUGGAGCUGGACCUCAACCUGCCGGCGCCGUCCGACGAGGAAGCCGCCGUUGUGUCGCUUCUUCCGCCACCGCCGCCACAGGCGGCCGUCAUGCUCGGUCUCGGCCAGUUCAACGACGGCAACAAGGCUGGGCUCAUGCUGACAGCCUAG